AGUGAACAAUAUAUCUAAGGGGAGGCAAAGCAAGGAAACUGUGCUUAUGAAAUCCUCUUAAAGGAAUUAGCUAUUAGUCGCAGCGCAGUGAAGGUUACGCUGGCGUUAAGUUGGUUAACCGGGAGUUAACUCAAGUGUUACCGGAGGCCCUGACAUAGCGUAACGAAGAGGUUGGAGAAGUAUUGCGACAUCAACCUGAGCUUCCUGAACUGAAGUCAAGCUAGGUAACCUAAACCUCCUGGCGCAGAGGACGCCGAAGGUGAAAAAACACAGCUCAGGAAAAGGUUAAUUAAGCGCCCGGCGUAGUAAGAUACUUCAUAACAAAAUUCGGAUUAACUUUUGGUAAAGCUUAACGGACUUUCGCGAUGUCUCUGGCCGACCAGAGCCAGCAAUGGUUCCCUACGAGUGUCCAGGUAACGGUGCAUCAAGCUCGGAGCCUGCGUGUCAAAGGCAAGAAUGGCACAAACGACGCCUAUGCCAUCAUCCAGGUGGCCAAAGACAAGUUUUCCACCACUGUGGCUGAGAAAUGUGUCGCUCCAGUGUGGAAAGAAGAGGCUUCGUUUGACCUGCCGCUCUUCCACCCGGGCAACGCUGAACGCUGCACACUGUAUGUCAUAGUAAUGCACCGCGCUCAGGUGGGCCUCGACAAGUUCUUGGGUCAAGCUGUGGUGAACUUACUGGAACUGCAUGACAACAACUCUCACAAAAAGACAGAUUGGUUCAAACUGGUGGACAAGUCUGGAAAAGAGGACAAGCCGCGGGGGGAGGUGCUGCUAGAUGUCCAAUUUAUGAGAAACAACAUGUCUGCUAGCAUGUUUGACCUUUCUAUGCAGGACAAACCGCGCUCGCGCAUCUCUAAGCUGAAGGACAAAGUCCGUGGGAAGAAAAAGGAUGGCUUCUCUGACUCUGCCUCAGCUAUUGUUCCCUCUGUCAGCCAGGUCCUCACAGACAGUGAGACAGAGGCUGAUGCACAGUCGCUCAAUCAGUUACCAGGAGAGAAAAAGAAAUCUAAGCUCAAAACCCUCUUUGCUCCCAAAUCAAACUUGCAGCGUAACAUCUCGCAGUCCAUGUCUACACUUGGGAAUCCCGAGAAGAAUUCAUCUCUCAGUGGCAGCCGCUCAUCUGGCCUCAAUGUAGACUCUCCUGAAGUUAAAAAGAAAUUUAAAUUCCUGGGACACAAGCGAACAGGCAGCUCUGACAGCAAGGUGUCGCAGGGUCCUUUCUCCCUACUGGGAGCGAAGGCCAAGCAGAGUAACAGUGAUCUGAACAACCUGUGCAUCAACGGCAGCCACGUGUACACAGAGGAGGAGUCCAAGAGUGGUUCUACUCUCAGUCUGAACAGCUCAGGCCAAGGAUCUGUAGAGGACGUCCGCAAACACACCUCUGAUAUCUCUGCAAAUUCCAUUAUAAGUGUACCUGUCCCCUCCUUCAGCCAUGAGUCUACAGACAAGGCAAGACUGGCGCAACAACGCCACCAAGAGGAGGAGGAGAGAAGGCAGGCUGAAGAAAGGCGCAUAGCAGAGGCCAAGAGGCUGGAGGAAGAGGAGAAAUACAGAGUAGAGGCCAAGAGACUGAAGGAGGAAGAGGAGCGCAGAUGUCAAGAGGAACAGGAGAGGAAGAGGCGCUUCCUUGAGGAUGAAGCAAGGAGGAAGAAACAGAUGGAGGAGGAGAGAGAGAGGAGGAAGCAAGAAGAAGAACGCAGGAUGCUGGAAGCAGCAGAAACCCAGAGGCUCGAGGAGGAGCGUCGCAGAGCGGAGGAUCAGAAACGACAGGAGGAGGCCUCCAUGAGCGACAGGCUGUCGUCUCUGUUUGGGAUGAUCAAAAAGAAAGAGGAGAAAAAAGAGGAGUUACAGCAACAUCCUAAAGAGGAGCUGCCCAUCCCAGCCCCCCGCAGUAACUCAAGAGAUCAAGAUCAACCCGUCUCCCACCACUCCACCAACCCGUUUGACAACGUUCCCUUAAGUUUGGAUCCUAAAGUUAGCACUAAUGAAAGCCCAGCUGAUCGUCAGAAAUCCAGCCACAACCCACAAACCUCCUCUGCUUUGGGCUUCCUCAACCGCACUGCUAAAGUGUCUGCAGUCAAACCCAGAUUGCCUCAAUCUCUGGAGUCUGAACCCGCUGACUGCCAAACCCCAAGUCAGCCAUGUCCUUCCCAAGCCACCUCUGAGUCCACCCUCUCUAGUGUCCCAUCUGAGUCCCCUGAUACUUUCUCCAACCUCCACUCAUCCCUGACUCCACCAAACAUAAGUCAAAACCUGUCUGGUUCCCCUUGUGACAGCAUAGAGAAUUUGUCCUCUGUUGGAUCUUCACCCACCAUGGCGGAUAAGAAGAGAAGAGCCCCCAUUCCACCUUCACAUCCAGUACAUGAGACAGUCAGACAGAUCAGAAACCCUGCAUAUGUAGAGGUAGAUGGAUCACAGCAAGGCAAAAGCAUCUCUCUACCGCUUCCUGACUAUGAAACUCUAUUUCCUCAGAAGAGACACGGAGUGCAAGGGCAGACUCGAUGGGACCACAUAAUCGCUGAGGUCAAUCAGAGAAACAGGACCACUCCAUCUGAAUUUUUGGGUCAAGAGAUGAGUGUGGAUGGCCCAGAGGAGCAUGAACCUGGUCAAAAGUCAUCACUCCCGCAGGAGAGUCCUGCUAUGAGACAUUAUCAAACACAACCUCAGGAGACCAAACCUAUGUCAACAAAAAAAGUAGCAGCCCCAGCUCCCCCUAAAUCAGUCUCACCUCCCCCUAAAUCAGUCUCACCUCCCCCUAAAUCAGUCUCACCUCCCCCUAAAUCAGUCUCACCUCCCCCUAAAUCAGUCUCACCACCCCCUAAAUCAGUCGCUCCUCCACCACUCCGAUCAGUAGUGGAUUCCAGUCAAAGAGAGAGGCAGAAUAUCGCUCACCAAUCUCUCAUGAGGCCUACUCCGUCUGCAGUACCAGGACGUGUAGAAUCUGACGCUUCAAGCAGAGAAAGUCUCCCAUCACCUGCAGGAACACAUGCACCCAGACCAUCUAGCCUAAUGGAUUGGCAUAUUACAACACCACCAAAUGAUCAACAAAAAGUGCAAGUCAUUGUGAACAAAGAGGCACCCACAGCCAAACCCAGACAGAGGGUUAGUGACAGAGAGCCAGUAAAGCAAGAAGAUUCUGCUGUAACACCAGUAGUCUCAAACAAAAAUUCAAUCAGUAACAUCCAAACAUCCAGUAUGAGCAGUGUGGACAAAAAUGUCAGGAAGACAGUGGAGAACUUUGCAGAUUUUGACCCAUUCCCCAGUACUGAGCUGCUUUCCAAAGACCCAUGGGCACAGCUGAAGCAGAGCCCAGAAGUAGAUGACCUUUUUACCAGCAGUGUACGGAAAGAGCAGAAACUAGAAGAUCAGGAAGUGAUGGCAGAUGAUUUUGAUAAAUACUUUGGUCAAGAGAAACCAACAGAUCCAUUUGCUAGUUUUAAUGGCAGUUAUUUAAACAAACACAGCGAGUACAGGCAAAAAGAUGAAGAUUCUAACCAAGUCAGUCCUGAUUUCCAAAGAAGGAAUUUACCGAAACAAAAACGGAUUCUUUCAUCCACUACUCACUCGGAUAAUAAGACUUCCAAGUCUCGACAAGAACACCCAUAUAAAGAAGAAAAAACCAUACUCACAGCUAAGCAAAGCCUCUCCGCAAGAGAUGUCAUGAAUGAGCCUAUCACACCGAAGCUUCAAGCUGAUUUGAAAACACCAAGCUAUUUUUAUGGAGGACAAGAUCCAUUUGGAGCUGAACCUUUUUCUGUAUCCUCUGCCUCGACCUCCUCAGAGCCUCUGCAGGUAGUUAUGGAGGAACCAGCACCUGAGGCAGGAGGUUUGUCUGGGGGAAAGACACUUUUGCGAGCGUGGGUCUCACCCUCUGAGGUUAUGCCUCUAAGUGCUCAGAAUAGCAAUGGAGGUGGGCUAGCCGUAACUCCACGCAGGCCUCAUCCUGUGAAGCCCAUGAGCUCCGUUGAGAGCCAGCAUCCCAACAGCACCCCUGCUGUGAAAGAGAUAAAGGUCUGUGACAGCACACCGGGGAAGAUUCAGGUGACAGACUCGGUGCAAAGUGGACCUUACACUCAGCUGACACAGGAAGAGUUGAUCACAAUGGUGGUGAAGCAGCAAGCUGACCUGUCCAAGAAGGACGCUAAGAUCGUUGAGCUUGAAGAGUACAUAGACAACCUGCUGGUCCGCGUCAUAGACGAGAAACCCACAAUCCUGCAGUCUCUUAACUCUGCCAAGCCAGUGUAAGGCAGGUAUUGGCUGCUGGAGGAAGAGAGUCCCACUUAAGGACACAGUUAUGUAUGUUGUGUGUGUUUGUUACUGUGUACUGAGAGGAACGACCUCUGUGAAAGUCUUGGAGCAUAUGCACUUUUUUUUUAGUUCCAGAGUCAAAAUUUGUUUGAGAAUGCUGCAAAAUUGUCUCUGAAGUUGUAACAUUUGGUGAUAACUUAAUAACAAGCAAGUACCUUUUUUAUAUAAGCAAAUGAAUGUACUUAUUUUAACACUAUGGUACUGGUAUUUUCUUUAAAAACUUGGCAAUAUUUUGAUUUAUGUACCUCACUUGAUUGAAACUUGGGUUGAGCUUUAUUUAAUAUACUAAUGAUGAUGGUUUUUUUUAAACCUACUAUAUAUAUUUGUUUCCUCUUUGAACUGGGUUUUGUGUAACUGCGGUGCGAUGAUUGAUCAUACACAUAACCUUAUACAACCAUUCUGUAUUCAUGCACCACUUUGAUGAGGCAAGAAUGUAAUAUUUCUCUCCAUAUAAAUAUAUUUGCAAUACAUUGAUGAAUUCACUUGCACGGCAUUUCUGCAGGUUAUAACUAUAAAUUAUGACCUCACAAGCUGAGUCAUGGUUAACAUUGAUUGUUUUUAAGUGCACAUUGACUUUUCCCUCCACCACUUAAGUCUUAUUUUAUUAGUUUCUUUGUUGAUGAUUUUGGCUGUCAUGUAUUUUUUUAAACCAGACAAUAACAUUCCUCCCCCUUUUACUCACCACAGUCGAAUGUCAGAUGGUUGUCCAGGCCUUUAAUAGAUAUUGUGCCUAAUUUUUUGCUCCAAAGAGGCGUUAUUUCGAAAACCAGCAAUAAAUAAAAGCAAGCAGCUACUAUGUACUGUAUAUAUGUUUGAAUUGCACAGCAAUUAUUUUAUUUCAUGUGGUUGCAAUGUAGCCUGUGCACAUAGUUUGAAAUAUUAUGCAAGUAAAAGUACAGUACAAACUAAUAAUAACAAUGUGAGUUUUCAAUCACUGUGAUGUUUAUGUUGUGUAAUAAAAAUCAAUAGAUAAUCCAAAACUAAUCAUCAGAGGAACAAUAGACUCAGCAUCCUAAAUAAGCAACCAGCCUUGUCUUUGUAUUUUAACUAUUAAAUGAACCCUGCGUCUAUGCCUUUAUAUUUUAUGUCUUGGCAGAAGUGAUAGCAAUAUUAAGUGUCAGACUGUACAGACCUGUGCCUUCAAAACCUUUUUCAUGACUUUUAUGUCUGAUUUGCUGGAUGGAGGGUUGAUGGCUUCCUCUCUUCUUUUUCUGGAGCAAGAGGUCAAAGAAUGUGCAUCCUGAUUUAUCAAGUGUUUGUCUGACGUGAAAAUAACUACAGUUGAUGUAAAAACCUCUGCAAGAAGUGAUGCUGAGCAACAUAUGGUGUUAUUGGAAAUAAAGACACUAAUUAAUUCAC